AAUUAAAAAGAAAAUAGAAAUUAAAUUUAAGACUAGAAAUCAAAAGAAAUUUUCAAAAACAUCUGCAAUUUGUAAAAUACUUGGUAAAAAAUCAAUAGCCAGUUAUGAACAACACUACGCCAAUAAUAAAGAAUACAAUAUGUGCUGGGCGAAAAUAUGUGCCUAUCGUAGAUGGGUGCAGGGUUCACUUCAAUUUCCAAACAUGGAAACUGCAGGGUAAUCAACGUAUUUUAUUAGAUGAUAAUAGAAAAAUGGGCAAAAAAACGCCCAUGAUUCUGGUUCUGGGGCAUAAGUUUAUGCUACGUGUGUGGGAAGAUAUCGUCAAAAUGAUGUCUGUCGGUGAGAUAGCUGGUUUCAAAGUGACACAAGAACUGGUAUUCAAUUAUCCUUUUGUAUCGAAAAAACUCCGUGAUAAUGGUAAUGAUGUAAAAGACAGACACUCUUGUACUAUGAAACUUCAUACAGAAGGUCUAGGAUAUCAUGACUUGGACGAGUAUAUGAGCAACCCCUGUGAUCUGGAAUUUAUUAUAGAAAUGUUGAAAGUAGAACAACCUCAUGAAUUUGAGAAAGAGAUGUGGCAAUAUCCAACUGAAGAGUUGCUGGACCUAGUCCCUCGGUUGAAGGAAAAGGGUAACAAGCUAUAUGCACAAAAACUAUAUGAUAAAGCCGAAAAGGCAUAUUAUGAGGCGAUUAGUAUUUGUGAAAAGCUCCAGAAUAGUGAAAGAAAAUGUGACCCGGAAUGGAUAUCGCUGAAUCAAAUAAAACUUCCCAUUCUCCUCAACUAUGUUCAGUGCCAACUGAUCAAAGGAGAAUAUUACUCUGUUAUAGUACACUGCAAUACUAUUCUGGAACAUGAUAAGGACAAUGAAAAAGCCUUAUACAGAAGGGGGAAAGCACAUAUAGGUGCUUGGAAUCCAAGUGCAGCAGAGGAAGACUUUCAGCGAUUAAAGGCCAUUAACCCAUCUUUGAGUGCUGUAGCAGAUAAAGAAUUAGAGAAUCUGAAAUUAUUGGUUAAGCAGAAAGAAGAGCAAGAAAGGAAUGCUCUAAGAAAAUUAUUUGAUAACAGCAAAACAUCAUAAAAUAAAAAUCCUUUUUAAUACAAUAACUGAGACAUGAGGUGCCAUAACUUAUUGAAUAGAAGCAGGUGUUACAUUGCAGAAGUAUGAAAGAUUAUGAAAAAAAUAUAUACUUACAUUCCUACUGAUAUGAGUUGAAACAACGGAGGCUCAUUUUCUUUUUCAAUCAAGUCUCGUACCUUAAUGUGUUAUGUGUCUUUGUUGUACAAUAGUCCCAUACCAUCCAUUUCUUCUAACUCAUUAACAGUACUUAGUUUUAUGAGGUUUUUACAUAAUCAUUGGCAUAAGAAUAGCAGUUUUGUAAAAAAACAUAAUUAAGAAGGUUUGUAUGCUGUACAGCAAAUAUUAGAAAUUUAUUUAGACUUUUACCUUUUUACUAAUUGGGAAGAUAGGGACAAAUAUCAUAGCAUUCCAUGGAUUCAUUGUAUAGAUGCUGGAUCCAUCCUAGUGAAUCCAAGGAUUGCUAGAAUUUGUAAAUGCUAAUUUAUAUAAACCUUGUCUCUGUUAAUUAAACAAACUAGGAAAAACAAUAUAUAUUUUAUCAUUUAAUAAUUGUUGUUCUGAAAGUUUCAAGUUUAUGUUUAUUCUAAAGGUUACAAGCAAAAUAUUUUGUCUUUUAACUAUAUUAUAUCUGUGAUAUAUUUUAUAUUAAAAGUCUAGUAUCAAAAUGUACUAUUGUUACAGAAUAUUUAAGUCAAUGUUAUUAAGUAUGUGAAUUUGUUUAAUUUAUUUAUAAUUUUAUGUAAUCAAUGUGACUAAUAAAAAACUUCAAUAA